AUGGAAAGAGAAGGUAACUCAGAUCCCAUCCCUGUUGACAUCAUUCUCGACAUCCUCUCGAGAUUGUCUGUUGAAUCAAUCGCUAGGUUUGGUCUCGCAUCCAAGUUCUGCGCAUCCAUACACACCUCUCAAGAUUUCACCGAGUUGUUCUUAACAAGAUCCUUGACUUCUGAGCCACGUCUCUUAUUCGCUGUCAAAAAUUCCAAUGAGUGGCGCUUCUACACGUCGCCUCAUCUCCAGAAUCCAGACAAGAACAACUCUCUUGUAGUAUCAGCCGACUUUCAUAUGAAGUUACGUGGAGAUAUCGGACAAGAGAUCUGUGGUCCGGUCUCUGGCUUGCUCUAUUUCCCUAAUAUGAAGAGAGGUGAAGUUCCGGCUAUAUGUAACCCUAGCACGGGACAGUACACGAGAUUACCUCAGCUGAAGAGGAAAAGAGAUUCAAGAACCUUAUUAGGGUAUGAUCCUAUUGGCAAACGAUACAAAGCAUCAACCCUAAGGAACUCGCUUUAUGGAGCAUCUAAUGAUGAAGAGGGACAACAAAUUCUAACAUUAGGAACUAAGAACGUGUCAUGGAGACAAAUGUAUUGUCCGGAAAAACAUUACCCUAUAGGUGAAGGUGUAUGCAUCAAUGGGGUUUUGUAUUACAUAGCUGGACAAGGAAAGGGUCAGAAGAUAGCUUGCUUUGAUGUUAGGUCUGAAAAGCUUUGGUUUCUUAAGACAGACGCUAUCAUUAAGAAGUUAUUAGUUUCAUCUUCGCGUACUAAACUGAUUAAUUACAAAGGUAAACUAGGAGUGAUGAGUUGGUGCUGGUAUACCUACGAUGAUGAGUAUGACGAAAUGCCUAGUUGUGAGCUCUAUUUGCGUUUGUGGACUCUAGAGGACAUUGACCAGCAGAAACAAGAAUGGUUGGAACAUAGACACAGGUUUCCAGUGGAUAUAGUCGUCAAGGGAGGUGUUUCCAUGGUCGGAGUGACUACUACUGGUGAAAUUAUUUUGUCAUCGGAGUAUACAUCUAAAGCUUUGUUUGUUUUCUACUGUAAUCUCGGAAGAGGCACUCUUGAGAGAGUUAGUGUUAAAGGUUUUGAAGCGUUUAAGAAUCCUACUAGAGUUUACACCUUUGUAGACUAUGUUGAAGAUCAUAAGUUUAUAAACAGAGACUCUAGCUAG